UGCAAUAUCCUGACAUAAGUCGUAUGGCAAAUAUGAUUCAUCGAUUUCAAUGAAGAAAGAGUGUUUCGUGUAACAGAAUGCCCUUAUAAUUACACAUUCACCUUUCCUGCUCAUGCUUUUGUUACUGGAAAGGUCUCUGCCACUAUCUUAGAGGGUUAUCUGUGACUCCUGCUUGGGGGGGUUUGUGCAAGUGUGCCCCUCACCUCUUUAUAAGCAGAAACAGGGGUCUGUGUAAAAUCACAGAACUUCGCCAUUAAACAGGCACCUGGUUCCAAACCAAAGGGAGCUCAGCAGGAAACAGCUUCUGAACAUCAACAGCUGCUGUCAUUGGAGAUCUGCUCUCAGCAUGAUGUGGAAAACCACAGCGCUUGCAGUGUGUCUGCUGCUUGCUGGAGUACAGGCACUGGACGGCCCCUCGUAUGGAGUCAAACUAUGCGGCCGGGAGUUCAUCCGCGCUGUCAUCUUCACCUGCGGAGGCUCUCGGUGGAAACGCUCCUUGACAAACACAGAUGAAAUACUGGACUUAUUCAGCUCGUAUGACAGUAAUGCUCCAGACAGUGCUGCACCAUCCUCCCAGCAUGCCCCUGACUCAAAUCUUCCAUCACUGGCACAAGGGGAACAGGAAGGCGGCUUGUUCAGCAGGCCAGCGCGCUCUCUCAUUUCACAGGAGGUGCUUGAAGCGUUGCGUACCGUGGACAGAAAAGGACGUGAUGUAGUGGUGGGACUGUCCAACGCCUGCUGCAAGUGGGGCUGCAGCAAAGGAGAAAUCAGCUCCCUUUGCUGAGAGACUAACUGCUCUAUAGCAUGAGUGAAUAAAAAGUGUGUGUGUGCUUCUCCUGUGCUGACUUUUUCAAUCUCCAUUCAUAUAUUGUGCCUGAGACUUGUAAAUGGUCUGCAUUGAACUCCUAUGCAUCUUGCAGUUAAUUUAACUAAAGAUUUUAGAAUGGUUGAUGUU